AUGGCGUCCGGAUACAACUCGAAUUUCUCUGGGACGUCGAUCCAACACCGCGCCGCCGGCGAUGGACGCUCCUUGUCUAGUCAGGAUGGUGGACUUGCGGAUGGUAGUUGGCCCGGCCCUGCUUCCUCGAAACCAGGGAGGAAUCGUCGCUCCGAGUCUGGCGGUAGUACUAGCAUUGGCCCGCGGGGAGGGUCGCUGGCGCCUUCAACAACAGGACCCGGCAGUUUUAGCGCGGAACUGAAAAGCAUGAAGUCGUCUCGAAGUACCACUCCGCGAGCUGAAGUACGGCCUGACUACGCACGAAGACCCAGCAGCAUCGACUAUGACGACCUACCAACCUCAGAAGACCGCCAGGCCGCGAUAAGAGAUAGGAUCGCCAAAGAGAUGAAAAUCAAGACAGGAACGGAGAAUAUGUUGGAAGUACUGUUGACAAAAAAUCCAAAACAGACGCGGGAGCAGAGACUAAGGGCGGAGUCGGAGCUGAGCUCGUCUAAUCGUAAGCUCGCUGAACUGCAUCAUGAACUUGAGGAGGAACAACUGCGUGCGCAGGCGCCAUCAACCCCUCCUCGAAGUCGUCUCUCCGGUCUGUUUCAGGGCCCUUCAAUACGGUCACCCUCUCGCGCGAAUAUGUCCGAUAUUGAGCGGUUGGACGAUACCGAGGCGGAGAUGGAGUCGCCAACCUAUGUCCUUGCGGAGACCCUUCAGGCUUUAGAAAUUGAGUUAAUGUCACCGGAUUACUACGUCGAGCGUGCGAACAGUCUAGUCGAACUCUUCAGACGACAUCCUACACUGAAGUAUGACCUUGCUUGGUCGGUAUUCGGCUUACGCGUUCAAGUUAUGCUUCUAAGUGAUAGCAAGGAAGUUGUGGCGGCCGGAUAUCGGUUGACUCGCUAUGCCAUCGCAGAUCGGAAAUCUCUUCAGAUGAUCCGGUCACUUCACACAGAUGAGCUCGUUAUCCUGUCAUUGGUCAAGGAAAGCAAAGCAAAUCUCGAGCGUGAGCAAGCUCUGAAAUUCGUGCGUGCAUUCCUCGAUGUCAAGGAUGGAGUGAAGGAGAUUUCACGUGCUGUUGUUCGGACAAUCGUCUCCGUAGCUGAGCACCAUGAUGAUCGUCUUCGAAAUAUUUCGCUUAUGACGCUCGCCGAAAUCCUGGUGAAAGACCCUCAACUAAUAGCGUACGCUGGUGGCUUUUCUCCGUUGCAUGACGCAUUAUCAGAAGGAACAUUUGGGGCAUCAGAGAGUUUGAUAACAUGCUUCCUGCAUGUGCUCGAUACUCCCCACAGCAGGAUGCAUUUACGGGGAGGGUGUGAACUUGAGGCUGUACUCGCACCUUUUACCGAUUCAUUGUCCGACAACAUUCGCAACGGGCGUCUAAAGUCAUCAGCAAAGGCAAUAUCCGCGAUGCUAAAGACAUGGCCAGGAUUGGUGAUUCUUGGAAAGAACGGGGCAAAGCCUCUAAAGUCGCUUCUGGAGUCAUUACAUUAUCCGGACCCUCAGGCAAGGGAUCUAAUCAUGGAACUUCUAUUCGAUGCUCUGAGGAUUAAGCCACCAUCGUGGUCCUCCUCGUUUCUCGCUGGACGAAGACUUACAACAUACGGCCGGGUCGCGAACCUGAGAUCUGAGUCUGACACAAGACAACUCCGGAACUUCUUUGACAGCAGCGAAAGCCAAUUUGACCUAACUGCUCACUUCUCCACUCUCAUUCUCGCCGCUUUGAUCGAUGCUGGAUUGUCCAAGGCACUAUGUGAUCUCAUUGAAGAGGAGGAAGAUUUGUCCCUCAGGCGAAAAGCGACCCUGCUUCUGACAGAAGUUCUAAAGCUGGCCCACCAUUCUCUACCUUCAAAUAUCAGUGCGAAGCUCCAGGUGCUCCCACACUUGAUACCGUCUGCCAUUAGAUUCGAUGUCGAGAACCAUGAUGUGUCUACAUCUACAAUCUACCAAAUAGAAAGUAUCAAUAGAACAUUGGCCCGGUCCCUCGGUGGUCUCGCCAAUGGAGCCGGCAGAUAUAGCGUGGAUGUUGAUAUAUCCGCCUCUCUUUUGUCCGGAGAUCAGAACAAAGACAAACUGAGCCCAGCCAUGGAUGAGACACAAUUCCGCAACGCGAUUCUGGAGACGCAUGUCUUGAAUACUGUGAACUACCUGAAGUGGAAGUGGGAUUUGAUCCACCGCAUCGUGGAAGGUCCUCUCUCAAACCCCAAGAGGCUGGACGAGGCAAUCAAGGGAUCAAAGUUCAUGAAACGUCUCAUGGGAUUUUAUCGUCCUUUCAAAUACAGAUUCUCAGUGCUCCCGAAUACGAAACCAAAUCAGCGAUAUGUUCGCACUGGUUGCGCCUUGAUGCGCUGUCUGGUGCAGACGCCGGAAGGCAUAAAAUAUUUGGCGGAGAACAAAUUCCUCCGACAGGUUGCCGAAUGUCUUGCGCAGGUUGACCAUAUGAGUGGUUUGACAUCGUCGGCGCCGUUGUUCUCGCGAGAACAAAUGGCAAACACACUGAGCGGCGGCUACUUUGCCAUGCUAGGGACGCUGAGCGCCGACCCCAACGGGCUCGCGAUGAUGGAACGAUGGCAUAUGCUUAAUAUGUUCUAUCAUAUCAUUGAACUCCGGGAUCGCGACGACCUAAUCCAGACGCUCAUCGGGAACAUGGAUUACACCCAGGCAAGCCAUCUACGGGUUAUGCUAUCUAAAGCUCUUACUACUGGCUCCAAAGAUAUUCGCAUUUUUGGGACAAGGCUACUUCGAAAAUAUACUGUGGGGAAUGUGUCACCCACAUCAGUUAGCAAUGCAGACUGGGUCAUCAAGCUCCUUGUAACUCAAUUAUAUGACCCUGAUGUCUCCGUCUGCCAAGUAGCAGUGAAGAUUCUGGAGGAGGCAUGCAAUCAGCGCGAUUACCUUGAGUUUGUGGUCAAAUGUCGGCCGUCUCUGGACCAUCUAGGUGAAAUUGGUGCGCCUCUGCUGUUACGCUUCUUGUCCACUUCAGUCGGCUACCAUUAUCUUGAUGGACUCGACUAUAUCACGCAGGAAAUGGAUGAUUGGUUCCUAGGACGGAACGAUGCAUACGUCAGCCUGGUCGAAGCCGCUUUGUCUCGAGCCUAUGUGGACCAUCCCCGUAGAAACAGCUUGGUACCUGAAGAUCUCGUUGAUCUCCAGGAUAUUGGUCUUGUGCCUCCACACUUCUACAGAGAACUGGCUCGGACAGCAGAAGGCUGCAAACUAUUAGAGCAAUCAGGUCACUUUUACGAGUUUGCUGCAACGAUCUCUGAUUUUCGACUAGAUGAAGAGGACCAUGAGACUCUCCUCAAAGUCAAAGGCUGUCUCUGGGCGGUGGGAAAUGUUGGCUCGAUGGAGCUGGGUGCGCCAUUCCUGAGUCUGGAGCUCGUCCAAAAUAUCGUAAAAGUUGCCGAGUGUGCAGAGGUUUUGACAAUGAGGGGGACUGCUUUCUUUGUCCUGGGCUUAAUAUCCCGCAGCCAACAUGGUCUUGAGGUUCUAAGACAAGCUGGAUGGGAUUCUGCUAUUGAUCAGAAGGGAAAUUCGCUCGGCCUAUGUCUUCCUACGGACUUUGGCAAGCUCUUCCUGAUUGAUUUCCCAUCUUAUUCCAGACCCGCGGAAGCGAAGCGCACUUCUCAAGAAAAACACAAAGAAGCAACAUCGGAUCCAGACCCUGUGAACGAGAAAAUUCUUAGGCUGAUCGCCGAUAUGGGCAACACUGUUCUGUCCAAGAGAGCCGCAGCGGAUCUUCAUAGCAUCAAAUCCAAAGACCCCGAGCGGUUCCAUCAACCUCACCUUUUCACCAAAACUUUGAGUAUUAUUGAAAGCCACCACUUCCGGCUCCCUGCCCGGCGGUUCGCUCUUGAUCUUUUCGACAAGAGCGUGAUGCGACGCGUGGUAUUAGGCGAACAGCCGCAGUCUGAUUCCGACUCGGAAGCAACCUCCUCGCAGGCAUCGGAGUAA